GGACCGGUGAUCAGUCCAGCGAUCAUCCAUUGCAAACCAGACGCUGACCACUUGAAACUCCGCAUGAAAGUAGAUACUCGGUAGACGGUAGUCUUCAUACAUACAAUAUUGACGAUGGACUCACUGUCUGCCCUCGCGGCGAUCUUGCGCAAUAGUAUGCUGUCUCACAUGUCAAUCCAUCAGCUGAUUUCUUUCAUUGAACUGUCCUCUAACCUGAAACACAGCAUUGAACUUCACCAGCCACUGAAGGAGACAUCAGACAAUACAUCAAGUCCUCUUGUUUUACCAGAAUCCAUCGCUCUUUUCCUAUCGCGUGCAACGAAAAUUCCACUGGAGCUCAUUGGGGAGUGCUGGUAUGCCUUGAGAGAUAUUGUUUGGACCACAGGACCAGAUAGACAGCGCCAGGAUUGCGCAGCAGAGGCUUUUAGAGUCCAUGGGUGGGACCUUGGCAUCAUGUCUCUUACCCUGUACCCACCCUUGAAGUACUGUACAAACUCUGAUUGCCCAAAGACUGCUGUGCUGAAGUGGGCAGAGCCCAGACAAAUCAUAAUUCAUACACUUGAUCAAGGCACUCUACCUGCAUGGGCCGUUCACUUGAGCUGCGAGAAAUGUCAUCGCCACUAUCAUUACAACUAUGUUGUGCAUAGUAGCGCUCAGCAUCACACAUAUUAUCCAGGUGUCCCAGACUACCUUCAAGUGGUGGAACAUCAGUUUGUCGACAUCCGUCUUGCGAAGCUCUGGACCAAUCAGCAUUUGUGUUCUGCUACAAACUGUGCCCGCAUCUACAUGCUUUCUCUUGCCAGCGUCUCUCAGGAAGCCUUUGAUGAGAUUGUGUGGCCCUUCAAGCCCCAACUCAGCACUGAAAAUGUCUGGAAUGUGUUUGUGCUCCUUGCACUGCUCUGGGACUAUGAUGAACGUACAGUGUGCCUGACUGUGCCACACCAAGGCAUGCAAAAGGAUCAAUUUAAAGCAGCAAUGGAAGAGAGGAACGAGCGCAUCAUGUGUAUUGGGCAACCUGAAAUUAACCAUAUCUGUGAUGGGUGCAUGCAUGUUUAUGAAGUCAAACACUCAGAUGGGAAGAUUUCACAUGAAAAAUGCCAGCCAAUUGUCAGUGACAGAAUUACUCUAGGUCACACAUGUUGUGGUGUCUUUUGGUGCACACAGCCUCUACAAAAUAACCGUGACCGCUUCUGUGCCGAACAUCGUGGUUUGCAUAACACAUGCGCUAUCACUGGGUGUGAUCACCCAAUCAGACGUAAUGAUGCAAAGACAUGCGACAAUUGUGACCACCAGCAAAUGGAGCAACUCCACUAUGCAAAAGCAACUUCUGCCUUUGCAUUGUUUGAGCGGCUGCUCUGCUACCAAGUGGCAUAUCCAGAUGAUGCUUUGGGCACAGAAGCUCCAGAUGUGAUGACUGCUGACUUGCCAGAUGCAAGCGUGAGCCUGGGUCCAGCGGUGGUUGAAGAGAACAUCGAGUGGUACACAGUCAAGGACGGUCAAGUGUCUUAUCAGUUUGAGAAGAACCCUGGCUCUGUUGGAGUACUUGAAGAAGGGGAUGAGGGACUCGGCAAUAUAGCUCUGGCUAGCUCAGAGCCAUGCAAUGCGAAGUCUGAUGCAGGCAAUAGAAAAUUCCAGAAUCAUAAUGAGCAAACUGCUGUUUGCACAUGUGGGGUCAUUGUGGGACGAGUGACACUGAAUGGAGCAGAAGCUGUGUCUAAUGUCCUUGACUUUAUAAAGACAAUCUUCUCCGUGCAGGGUGCUCAUAAGCCAGAGCAUUUUAUUUACGACACUGCAUGUGAUGCCAAGCGACAAGCCGAUGUCAAGAUGUGUGUCAACGUGUGGCAUUUCAAGAACAAGCACAAGACAAAGCAUGACUACUGCCAACACUACUGCAACCCGGCUGACUUCCCCGAGCUUUUGAAUGCAGAUGGGACGGGUUGGUGGUUCAACACGUCAGUUGCCGAGCAAAUGAAUGUUUGGCUUGGUAGCUAUCAUGCAAUCUGCAGGGAGAUGCUUCCCACCAAGUAUAAUUUCUUCUUGGACAAAAUGAUCCGCCUUCAUGAUAUUUUUACUGUUCAAAGCCUUCAGCUUAGGGCCUUAAACCCACAUUAUGCUCCGCCUUCAUGCUGCAGACAUCAUAAGGACCUCCAGUUGCAGCAAACCGAUCAAGACUGA